CGCCCGGGGAGGACUGGAGGGAAGGGGGGUUGCCGUCAGCUGAUGGGCCACGUUUUGACGUCGGAGUCAUUCUCCUCUUUGAUAAAGCCCCGCCGCCGGCUCGGACUGCGCUCGUCGCCGUUCCCAGCCCUGCACCAGGGAGCGGGGCUCGGGCGCCCGGGGACGGCUCCCCCCGGCGGGCUGCGGGGGGUUCCGCGGCGGGCCGGGGCCGGGGCCAGCGGGGCUGUUCUCCCGUCCCCUGGGCAGGCUGGGAGCCCGGCGCCGAGCCCGCGGCCACGCUCCCUCCCUCCCGCCGGCGCCCAGCGCCAUGGCCGCGCGUCCCCCCAAACUUCGCCUCGGGCCGGGCACGGAGGCGCCGCCGGCUCCCAGCCCGCCACCCGCGCCCUGAGCCCCACGGCCCCGUCGCGCCCUUCCCCCGCGGCGGCCAGCAUGGACGGGCCCCUGAACCUCUCCGCCACCCCGUGGGCGGCCGCGGCCAACCGGAGCGGCGGCCCCCCGGCGGCCCUGCCCGGCCGGGCCCCGCUGUCGGUGUUCGGCGUCCUGCUGCUCACCCUGCUGGCGCUGCUGGCCGCCGCCACCUUCCUGUGGAACGUGCUGGUGCUGGCCACCAUCCUGCGGGUGCGCGCCUUCCACCGCGUGCCCCACAACCUGGUGGCCUCCAUGGCCGUCUCCGACGUGAUGGUGGCGGCGCUGGUCAUGCCCCUCAGCCUGGUGCACGAGUUGGCCGGGCGGCGCUGGCGGCUGGGCCGGGCGCUGUGCCACGUGUGGAUCGCCUUCGACGUGCUGUGCUGCACGGCCAGCAUCUGGAACGUGACGGCCAUCGCCCUGGACCGCUACUGGUCCCUCAGCCGCCACCUGGAGUACACCCUGCGCGCCCGCCGCUGCAUCUCCAAUGCCAUGAUCGCCCUCACCUGGGCCCUCUCCGCCGUCAUCGCCCUGGCCCCGCUGCUCUUCGGCUGGGGGGAGACCUACUCCGAGGGCAACCAGGAGUGCCAGGUCAGCCAGGAGCCCUCCUACACGGUCUUCUCCACCUUCGGCGCCUUCUACCUGCCGCUCUGCGUCGUGCUCUUUGUCUACUGGAAGAUCUACAAGGCGGCCAAGUUUCGCAUCGGAUCCCGGAAGAGCAACUCCAUCACCCCCGUCGCCCCUGAAGGGCUAGAGGUGAAGGAGGCCUCCCAACAAUCCCAGAUGGUCUUCACAGUCCGCCACGCCACUGUUACCUUCCAGACUGAUGGAGACACAUGGCGAGAGCAGAAGGAGAAGAAAGCUGUCCUCAUGGUGGGCAUCCUUAUUGGGGUCUUCGUACUAUGCUGGAUCCCCUUCUUCAUCACUGAACUCAUCAAUCCUCUCUGCUCCUGUGACAUCCCACCCAUUUGGAAAAGUAUUUUUCUAUGGCUCGGCUAUUCUAAUUCCUUUUUUAAUCCACUGAUCUAUACGGCUUUCAACAAAAACUACAACAAUGCCUUCAGGAAUCUAUUUUCCAGACAGCACUGAGCAGCAAGCAGGAAAUGAGAGGAAACCCCCUCUUCUCCAGCAACCCCUCUAAAGCUCCAUUGCUUUCCCUACUUAACACUAUGCAGACUGGGGAACGCUGAAAGAAACUCAACUACAGAGAUCACCAGAAUGAUUCAUUGAGCUCAUAAAAGAUUGCCUCUGAAAUUCAGCAGCCCUCAGAGACUCUGCCCACACUUCCUUUCCCACCCUCCAAGCCAGUCGUUUUGUAAACAGCACACAAGGGCUUGCUGAGUCUCCAGCAGUGUCCUUUUCCAGCACGCAGUUGACUUCACCCUCUCUUCAGUGAUGUCACUCAGGUGCAGUUUGCUUGCAAGAGCAGGGCAGAGAAGUCCAUGUGACACAGAAGGGUUUUUUUGAAGCCCAGUGCCUGCUUAGCUGCUCUUUGCAUUUCAGAACUAUUAAUUUACAUAUUCCCAUAUGCAAAGCCAAACCCCUUUAGCAGUAGGGUUUCUCAUGACAGUGUGAAACAGGCAUCUGAAGAAGUGGGGUUUUUUUUACCCAUGAAAGCUUAUACCCAAAUAAAUCUGUUAGCCUUUAAGGAGCCACUGGACUUCUCAUUGUUUUUGUGUGAAACCAGCUAUUUUACUGAAAAAACUAUUUUUCAGAGGUGAAGAAUGGAAUCUGUGUUGCAGAGAUUAAUAUUAACUCUGAAAAUGAAUCUUAUUCCCCAAAUAUAACUGCUCGGUAAAGAUAUGAGAAAAGGCUUCUGCAUUAUGGAUCUAUCAACAGGGGGAUGUUUACUAUUGGAUUUGGUGUAGCAAGUUUUUCUGUAUUUGUUGUGGAAACUUAAUUUAUGUGCAAUAGAGUGAGAGAAAGGGGUGCAUCAUCUGUUUCAUAUGCCUGAUUUAGUUAUGAAAUACACAGGUGUUCCUUGGCUGCGAAUGUUUAAACUUAAUAUCUCUCUUACACAAAGGAAGCUACUCUAAUUCAUGGAUGUAUUUUAAGGAACUUUGGGGCAAGUUUCCUGUAACCACUUGAGGAUACUUGAAAUGUAUUUCAAAAUGCACAUCAGUUCAAAGUUGUUUUACUUUCUAGAGUGUGAUACAGUUCCCAUUGAAGUCGAAGGAAAGACUCCAGCUGAUUUCAGUGGGAGUUAAUGACCAGUCUAAGUAUAUUUAGUGGCUAAUGAAGUUUGAUCCUGGGAGUCUAAGGUUUCCAGCAAUUUAGGGGAGGCUGUGUCAAGGGCCAGCAUGCUAUGCUUCAAGCAUAAACCAUCAACAGCCAUGCCUUCUGUCUAGAUUAAGAUCAAACCCAUCCUUGUUGCCCCCUUUCUACCAUAAGUGCAGGUCCUGGCUGCUGCUUACUGUUCUGCUUUCUUCCUGUGUCUCCACUUCACCAGCAUGAUUUUAGCAACUGCUAUGUCACUUGCACCUACAAGUACAGAUACAUGCUUUCUGCCCUAGGACUGCUCGAAUGACAAGUUUUCAGAUGGAGAAUAGCAUUACCUUCAACUAUCAGUUCUUGAGGUGCAACUAUUAAAAUCAGACUGGAAUUUAAAAAGUGGAGGAGAAGACAAGAUAGGAAUCAGAAUUACAUGAUUUCAGGGUCUGGUAUCUUGAAGCAAAGAUAAAGAGGGGGAAAAUGCUAUCAAUUACUGGAAAGCCUUUAAGCAUCCUGGCCAGUCUGGCCCAAUGCACUGCCUGGUGCAGGUGAAGCUCAUGGGAGCAGACUCCAGCUAGCAGGAGGCAGUUUGUUUAGAAACAAAGGAUGAAAUCCUGGCCCUAUUUAAGUCAAUGGCAAAACUUUCUCAUUUACUUCGACAGGCUUGGAUUUCACCCAAGACAUCUUACCCGGUGAAUUUAAAAAAGAUUCAUUAUACAACAGGAAAAAUGAGUGAGACAGGUAUAAUCCCUCAAAAAUCCACUUGAGCAAGUUCUCUGGAUAAGGUGGUGCGCUAACCAUGGACGAACUACAGACAUUAAAGAAAGAGCCUUUUAGUACUUUUGUUGUAUGGUUUUAAUCUAUUUUCAGUGGAAGCUCCGACAUGUUGGAUAACCUAAUAAACGAGAGAGAGAGAGAGGGUGUGGGUGUGGGGUGGCCAAGAAUGACUAGGAGGAAACCAAUACAAUGUUUGUCCAGGCAGAGCUUUUGUUAUACUCAGCAGUGCUUGAAAAUAGAAGGAAGAAUAUUUAACUGGUCUGAUCAGCUGUGCUCUGCAAUAUUCACAACACAUGUUUCAAGGAUUUAUGACUUAUUACAACCUGCUAACAACCCUUCCCCACAGCUACCUUCCCCCCUCCAUCUGGAGGGGUGUUAAUGGGCCACUUCACCUUGAAUGGUCCCUUGAAAUAUGUGUUAACAACUACUUAUGUUAAACAAUCUGUUCCACCUUAUAUUUAGGUGUGGCACUGUGAGUCUGGCUUUGUCUACAAGAGCAUUGUGUCAGUUGGGUGUGAAAAAAACAUACUCCGGACUGACACAAGUUUCACUAACAAAAAUGCUGGUGUGGACAGUGCUAUGGCGGCAGGAGAGGCUCUCCUGCUGACAUAGUGACUACCGCUCAUUGGAGGUGGUUUAAUUAUGUUGACAGGAGAGGUCUCUUCCCUCCAGCAAAAAGUGGCUAUACGGGAGACCUUGCAGUGUAGACCUGGCCAAAAGCUAUAUCUACACUGGCACUUUUGUCCCUCAUGGGUGUGAAAAAACACCCCCCGAAUGACACAAGUUUUAGCGACAAAAAGCGCCAGUGUGGACAGUGCUUUGUUGAUGGGAGCCGUGCUUCUGUCAACGAAGUUACCACCCCUUGGGGUGGUUUUAUUUUGCCACUGGGAGAGCUCUCUCUCCUAGUGAUAAAGAGCAGCUACACAGCACAUGUUACAAUAGGACAGCUGUGCCAUUGUAAGGUGUGCUGUGUAGACAUAGCUGUAGUUUCACAGACAUGAAGAAGAGCCUAGUGUAGCUUGAAAGCUUGUCUCUCACCAACAGGAAUUGGUCCAGUACAAGAUAUUACCUCACCUACAUUUUCUCGUUAACUUUCCCUUUGUUGUGUCAUUUCUGUGCAAGCAAAAGGACAUGAGAAGAUUAUAAAAUGGUAUUAGAAAAUUCUGAUUUGUCUAUAGUUGUGCUUUAACAAACAUCAUAUUAAAAUCCACAGUACCCUUCUGCAAGUAAUGGCUACUGACUAGCCCCAGUUAUCUACACAAUGGAUCAAAUCCUGCAGCUCUUAUUCAGGAUUUAGGACUGCAAGAUUUGAUCUCAAAUAUCAUCCUAGCCGCGUAACAUGGGUGUAAUAAAGAUUUCUAUCCCAAAGAUCAUCCCAGAGAUUCACACCUAAAAUGAGACCGAGGUGUGAUCUGAGCACAAAGAGGAGGAGCCAGGAACUCCCUGAAUUCUGAUCCCAGCUCUGAGGCCUUGCACAUGUCAUUUAUUUUGGGGCAGAGCCCAGAGGCACAAAUCAGGACCUUGAUGUGCUAGGUGCUGUA